UUUCCUAAGUUAAAAUAAUUAACAUGAAUGUUUCGCUCAGCUUGUUACGAAAAUUUAGCGAUCUCCUUCUUUUAUCAUCUUAUCCCUCUUCUUCUGAGAAAAAUAAGAAAAGGAAAUUUUCCUUUAUUCAGGUUUUUGCCGUUAACUCAAUUGACUCUUAUUUCUCAAAUCUCUAUUAAAUCCCUAAAACACAAGAAAAUAUCAAACUCAUUUUUCUUCCAACAAAUCAAAUGGUUUUCUAUGUAAACGAUAACGUGGACAGCUUCAUCGAUGUUAAGCGGAUCUACAACAACCACGACGGAGGUCUACGCAAGAACCAGAACUUGUUUUUCGAUCUCCAAGUGCAUUACACUCGUGCCGAAGAAGAUAAUGACGACGGAGAAGAAGAAGAAGAAGAUCUUCCCAAUUUUGACAAACUCGAAACUCUAACCGUUGAGCAAACUCACGAGUUUGAUCGAGAAUGGUUGUUCGGUGGAGAUGGUGAUCAUACACUAGCCAUCGUCUACUACAUUCUCGAUUUGCUCCAAGUCCCUUGUUAUUAUGCGAUUGUUAGCACUCUUACUGAUGAGAUUAAGGAUUUGAAGAAACAUGAUGCGAACGUGGAGAGGCUACAAGUAACGUUAGGUGUUACUGUGUCGAGGUUUCCCGGUGAGGAUGAUGAUCACCUAGACGUGCGAUUUGCGGUUGCUCCAGCGAACAAUGAGGCGGUGGAGACACAUUUAACGACGGUUGUUGUUCAGAAUGAUGGAUAUUGUGUGAUAUGUAUGGAUAUGAUCCGAGUUGGGUCGGCUGUGGAGGCGGGUCGAAUGCCGUGUUUGCACGUGUUUCAUCGCGAUUGUGGAGAGGAAUGGCUUAGGAAUUGUGGGAUUUGUCCGGUGUGUCGUGUCGUGUUUCCUUCUUAAACUCAUGAUAAAGUAUGUUUUACCUAGUUCAUUGCUAUUUUUGUUUUAACUUUUUUUGUUAGUUCAGCUAUAUCUUUCACUGUGGUUUAGAUCUCUUCACUACAGUCUGUAUACUGAUGAACUUAUAUGAUGCAUAAAACAGUAAG